AAAACUUCAAUUUUCCUCUUCGUCCCGAUUCUAUAUUCUCUCUCUUUCUGUUCCUUUCUCACUCAACCUCAUUAUUAUUAUUAUUAUUAUUAUUAUUUUUUACUCUCUUUCUCGCUCUUUCUUUCUCGCCGGCCAAACAAAGAAAAUGAAGCACCUAGCUACCACCGUCACUGACGUUGUAAAGACCCCUUCUUUCGUCAAAAUUACGGCCAUUGCCCUCCUUUCUUUCUCUGUUUUCUUCCUCGUCAAUCAUUUCUAUUCCAAUUCUUCUUCUUCUCUCCCUUUCUUUUCCUCUUCCACCUCCUCUUCCCUCGCCUUUUCUCCUACUUCCAUUCCCUUGUCGCCGGAAGUUUCUCCGGUGGCCGUGUCGGCGCCGCCACCGCCCCGGCCACCGCCUCCUCCUCCGCCGCCGGAGGUGCAGAGGAUGGGGAUAGUGGAUGAGAACGGGGCUAUGUCGGAGAAUUUCGAGGUCGGAGAGUUUGAUCCGAAUUUCAUCGAGGAUUUGAGGAACUUGAGCGGGAGAGAGGAUAGAGUGGCCGAUGGGAGUGUCGUUGGUGGUGGGAAGAGGGUUAAGGUUGAGAAGUAUAAGGUGUGUGAACAGAGCAUGACCGAUUAUAUACCUUGCCUGGAUAAUAUGGAGGGGAUUAAGAGGUUGAAUUCCACAGAGAGAGGAGAGAAGUACGAGCGGCACUGUCCUGGUCAAGAUAAGACCUUGAAUUGUGUGGUUCCGAGGCCUAAGGGGUACAAAAUUCGGAUACCUUGGCCUCAAAGCAGAGACGAGGUCUGGUUUAGUAAUGUUCCCCAUACACGCCUGGUUGAAGAUAAAGGCGGUCAGAAUUGGAUAGCAAUAAAGAAAGAUAAAUUCAUUUUCCCAGGAGGUGGAACACAGUUUAUUCAUGGAGCAGAUAAAUACUUGGAUCAGAUUUCAGAGAUGGUUCCUGAAAUUGAUUUUGGCCGCAAUAUUCGAGUUGCCUUAGACAUUGGAUGUGGAGUAGCAAGUUUUGGUGCCUUUUUGAUGCAGCGGAAUGUGACCACUCUGUCAAUAGCACCCAAAGAUGUUCAUGAGAAUCAGAUUCAGUUUGCACUGGAGCGCGGUGUGCCUGCAAUGGCUGCAGUGUUUGCGACACGGCGUUUGCUGUAUCCAAGCCAGGCUUUUGACAUGAUCCAUUGCUCAAGAUGCAGAAUUAAUUGGACCCGUGAUGAUGGGAUUUUGCUUCUUGAGGCCAACAGGUUGUUAAGAGCAGGAGGGUACUUUGUUUGGGCAGCACAACCUGUUUACAAGCAUGAAGAAAGCCUACAAGAACAAUGGAAAGAAAUGGAGGAACUAACUACUAGCAUUUGUUGGGAACUUGUAAAGAAGGAAGGAUAUAUUGCCAUAUGGCGAAAGCCUUUGAACAAUAGCUGCUAUCUUAAUCGUGGCACUGAAGUGCACCCUCCGCUUUGUGAUUCCAAUGAUGAUCCAGACAAUGUUUGGUAUGUUGAUUUGAAGGCAUGCAUCACUCGAUUACCUGAUAAUGGUUAUGGGGCUAAUGUUAUUGCAUGGCCUGCACGCCUUCAAUCUCCACCAGACAGGCUCCAGACUGUUAAUAUCGAUGCCUACAUAUCCAGAAAGGAAAUCUUCAAGGCAGAAACAAAAUACUGGGAAGAUAUAAUAGAUGGUUAUAUCCGAGCUUACCACUGGAAAGAGUUGGGUUUCCGAAAUGUGAUGGACAUGAGGGCUGGAUUUGGAGGGUUUGCUGCUGCAAUGCAAGAACUGCAAUAUGAUUGCUGGGUUAUGAAUGUUGUUCCUGUUAGUGGAUUCAACACGUUGCCUGUUAUCUAUGACCGUGGACUAGUUGGAGUUAUGCAUGACUGGUGUGAGCCAUUCGACACCUAUCCAAGGACAUAUGACUUGAUCCAUGCAGCAGGUCUCUUCUCUGUUGAGAAGAAGAGAUGUAAUAUCUCAACCAUAAUGCUUGAGAUUGAUCGGAUGCUGAGGCCUGGUGGACGUGUGUAUAUACGGGACUCGGUAUCUCUAAUGGGUGAACUUCAAGAGAUUGCAAGUGCCAUGGGAUGGGUACCUGCACUGCAUGAUACAGGUGAGGGUCCCCAUGCAAGCUGGAAGAUCUUAAUAGGCGAUAAGCGAUUAUGACAUCCUCUAAUGGUACAAAGCAUGUUGAUGUCCAGCCAACCUGAAAUCUUACCAAAGUCAAAUAGAAAACUUCAGCCUACCAAUUGUACGCGUUUUUUAUUAUUAUUUUUAUUGUUUUGUAUAUUAGCUAUCAAUUCACAAUGGUGCAGCGUCCUAAUGGGGACAAGAAACAAAGGAAAAAAAAAAAAAAUGAUAGGGAAAGAACCACAGUGGUAGAUGUUUCAAUGUUCACUAGUUGUUAGUAAUACAAGUCUGGUUUAUUUAUUUAA